UUGGACAAUGGAAGGACGAGGUUCUCAUCGCUGGAUGUUCUGUGCGAAAGUUGGGGUUAACAUAUUCGCGGGGUUUGAUUUCCAGGAGUUUCUUGGGGGCUUAGCGCGGCAAUGACUUUGGGAGGAGAGUGACGAGCAAGUUUCAAACGUUCGCAACCAUGUCCUCUGAAAUCAACGAAUCAGCUGCAAAAAAUCCGGGGCUAUGUGAAUCCCCUGAUGAAGCAACCAAAGGAUAUUUCAUUCAGCAAACUAUGUACCGAAUUCAAGACCCCAAAGUAAGCUUAGAUUUCUACACCCGCAUAUUGGGAAUGACGCUCCUAAAGAAGUUGGACUUUCCAGAAAUGAAGUUCAGUUUAUAUUUCGUGGGAUACGAGGAUCCCGCUAGUAUACCCACCGAUCCUGCUGAGCGGAUGGCUUACACUUUUAGUUCCAAAGCGACUCUUGAGCUUACACACAACUGGGGCACUGAAUCAGACGAGAAUUUCAAAGGACAUCACAAUGGCAAUAGCGAGCCUCGUGGCUACGGGCAUAUUGGGAUUACUGUCGAUGACACCUACAAGGCAUGUGAAAGGUUCGAAAAGAUGGGCGUGAAGUUUGUUAAGAAGCCCGAUGAUGGAAAAAUGAAAGGAUUGGCUUUUAUCCAAGACCCAGAUGGUUACUGGAUUGAAAUCUUUGACGUCAAGAAAAUGAAGUCGUCUUUUUCCUGAUAGAUGCAUGACAUGAUCCAGCACUGAAUGUUUGGCCGCAGAUCGGGACAGGAUGUUAUUCAAAUAUCGUGCAGUCAUGCAUCGAACCCUGAAUACUCGAGUUUAAUUGUCUGCGUACUGUCUGGUCUACUUUUUUUGCGUUGUAGAACUAUAAAUAGAUGGUAGAAAUUUUUUUGUUCCAGUGAACCAGCUGAUGUGUGGUAACAUGUCCUGAAGAAUGCAAGUCGAAAUUUUCGAUUUAUGUGUUCCUUUGUUAAAAUACACACGUGUGCGCAAGUUUACAGCAUUUUGACCAUUUCAAACUUAGCAAGACGCUGUAACCUGUCAUUCUCUGUCAUAGCCUUGAUAAAGAAGCUUCCCUGCUGUACGGUCCCUCGAUACUAACGCAUCAGUGCCGGUGUCUGCGCACUUGAACAUUGCUGAAGUGCCGGUGAGUGUAAGUUAUGUCUUCAUUGAAGAGACUCAGCGGAGCGGCAGCUUUAGCUUGCAGGAUAAUAUAAUAUGC